GGUCAGCGUUAACAUCACCACGGUCUCUCUCUCUCUCUCUAUCUAUCUCUAUAUAUACAUAGACAGGGGUACCAUUCUUUGGACGCCUGUCUCACCAUUUCUUCCAAACAAGAAAAUAAGAAAAUCUUGCAAAGAAAAGAGAGAUAAAACAAGGGGUCUCUUCGUUGAUAAACCAAAAGAUUUGAGUGUGAAACAGUUGAAGAUAGAGAGUGAGAGAGAGAUUGAAAGUAUAAGAUGGGUAGACCACCUUGCUGUGAUAAAACUGGUGUGAAGAAAGGGCCAUGGACGCCAGAAGAGGACAUCUUCUUGGUGUCUUACAUCCAAGAAAAUGGACCUGGGAAUUGGAGAGCUGUUCCCACUAAUACUGGUUUGCUAAGAUGCAGCAAGAGUUGCAGACUCAGGUGGACUAAUUAUCUCAGGCCGGGGAUCAAACGGGGCAACUUCACUGAUCAUGAAGAGAAAAUGAUAAUUCACCUCCAAGCUCUUCUGGGCAACAGUUUGUCUUGGUUCAGGUGGGCUGCAAUAGCUUCCUAUCUUCCCCAGAGAACUGACAAUGAUAUAAAGAAUUACUGGAACACCCAUUUGAAGAAGAAGCUCAAAAAACUUAAUGGCCAUGAACAUGGCCAUAGCCAAGAUGGUUUCUCAGCUUCACAAUCAUCAUCAGUCUCCAAGGGUCAGUGGGAGAGGAGGCUCCAAACAGACAUACACAUGGCUAAGAAAGCUUUGUGUGAUGCUUUGUCUAUUGACAAAUCAACCAAUUUAAAUGACUUAAAACCAUACCCUAAUGGCUACUCUCACCCUCGUAGUACAAGCCCCCCGGCCGCCCAAUCAUCAUCCACCACGUAUGCGUCGAGUACUGAAAACAUAGCUAGGUUGCUCCAAAAUUGGAUGAAGGGUUCACCUAAAUCAUCUCAAACAAGCUCAGAAACCACAACUCAAAACUCUAACAACCCUAGUGAGGGAACAUUGAGUGCCACUACACCGGAGGGCUUCGACUCGCUUUUCAGCUUCCAUUCUUCCAAUUCUGAUGCCUCUCAGUCCGUGACGGUGGACGAGACAGCUACAAAUUUCACCCAUGAAACUUGCCUAUUUCAAGAUGAGAGUAAGCCAAGUUUGGAGAAUCAAGUUCCUUUGUCAUUGCUAGAGAAAUGGUUGUUUGAUGAUGGUGCUGCUGCACAAGGACAUGGCGACCUAUUGGACAUGUCCUUGGGGGAAAAUGAUGAGUUCUUUUAGGGUUUAAUUGGGGUUUUAAAAACUUUGGGGUUUCUUUGUUUUUUUUUGGUCUUAUUUGGAGUUUUAGGCUUUGAAUGGAGCGAUGUUAGGGUGAUUAUUUAAGUAUCAAUUUAUUUAUUAUUUGAUGCGGCGUUUUAUACCGUACUAAAUCAUCUUGUUAUUUCAAUUUCUCGUUUAUUUUACAUGUAAAAGGCCACAUCAAAUGAUAUGUAAAUGUUAUCGUCCUAACAUUACUUUUUUAUUGUUUGCUUCUUCUAAUUUUGAGCCGAAAAGUGUAUAUUACAAGUAUAUCUAUAUAUGUACCUGGGAGGAAUAAA